ACAUCUUAUUAAAGCGGCACCACGUAAUCCUACCAACACCCUCCCUUGCUUUAAAUCCGCUCGUCCGGUGCAGUUCCGUAGACGCACAGCCUCCUCCUCCAGCAGAGCAGCGCCGCGGCUCGUGUUCCUACGGUAACAUGGUGUGCAGCGCGCGGCAGCAGUAGACAGUAUCGCUGGACCGUAAGAGAAGGCGCUCGCGCUGCUUAUCCUGCUCUCCUUCCACAACAUAUCAACACAUCGAGGGAAACUUCGCGUUUUUUGGACACGGUCUGACCCGGGGCCUAGGUGUUGUCACUGCACACACAGAGACGUAUCAUUAUGGGAAAACAGAACAGCAAACUCAGGCCCGAGAUGCUACAGGACCUGAGGGAGAACACGGAGUUCACUGACCACGAGCUGCAGGAGUGGUAUAAGGGGUUCCUCAAAGACUGUCCAAGUGGGCAUUUGAACGUUGAGGAGUUUAAGAAGAUCUAUGCCAACUUCUUCCCAUACGGUGAUGCCUCAAAGUUCGCUGAGCACGUCUUCCGUACGUUUGACACCAACAACGAUGGGACCAUCGACUUCCGGGAGUUCAUCAUUGCUCUGAGCGUGACAUCACGAGGAAAACUGGAGCAGAAGCUGAAGUGGGCCUUCAGCAUGUACGAUCUGGACGGCAACGGUUACAUCAGCCGUGAUGAAAUGCUAGAAAUUGUGCAGGCCAUUUAUAAGAUGGUGUCAUCGGUGAUGAAAAUGCCUGAGGAUGAAUCCACACCAGAGAAGAGGACGGAUAAGAUAUUCAGACAAAUGGACCUGAACAAUGAUGGCAAGUUGUCUUUGGAAGAGUUCAUAAAAGGUGCCAAAAGUGAUCCCUCCAUUGUGCGGCUACUGCAGUGUGACCCCAGCAGCGCUUCGCAGUUUUGAGUCUCUCCAGACAACCGGCACUCAAUGCAUGAAAGCUCUUAUAUCUCAUUCUUCUUUGUGUUCCAGAUGGAAGAGUUUUAAGAAAAAAAAGUGCAACAAUUUUACUUUCAGUUUUUCCCAGAAAGGACAUGCGUACAUCUGAAGAACAAAGACAACACCUGCCAAGACAUCCUCUGUCUGCUGCGUGUCAUCCGUCCUUGUCUCUGCUAGUGGAGCGCUUGACUCCACACACAAAAAAAGCGGCUGAUCGUGUUCUAGUGUCCAGAUUUUGGAAAGGAAUGUUCCUUUUUAGGAAUCGUGCAUGCGCUCCCGACCUUCCCCACCCCUCAUAUUUUGUGUUUAAUAUCUGUGCUGUUUUGUUUCUCUUCCCCUUUGUUUUAUGAGGGCACAGUUCCCCUUCUACUUUUUAUAUUGAUAUUUAUGUGUAUAUACAGUAUAAAUGCAUAUUAGAAAUACAAAGAAAGGCAGUUAUAGUCGUCUUUUUACUCACAUGCAUCUUACGGCAGUAUUAUGUAGCUUCAGGCAGUAUCCAAAUCUUAGUCUCCAAUUGACCCAGUGGACUGAUGGACUGAAUGUUGGGAUUUUUCUGCUCUGGCGCUCAUGAUCUUUAUUUUACAAAGAGAAGGCUGAGGAUCCCAUUCUUGAAUUCUGUUCAUUUUAUUAUUUUUUUUGUUGUUGUUGUUGUAAAUAUGUGGUUUGCUUCCAUACUUCUUUAUUUAUUUUUUUGCAUUUUUAUGGUGUUUAUUUUACCAAGGGUGAUUUUAUUACUGUUGAACCGAGAUGUGAGACACUUGGUGAUGUAUUAUGAGUAAGUUGUUAUUAAUUCAAGGCUUUUCAAUGCAUUGUGGGAAAUUUUUGCAUCAGGGGAUACAUUCCGUUAUGUUUUAAAUGGAAGACACUGGUAGCACAUAUCAUUUGAAGCGCUUCAUCUGUGUGCGUGCGGUUAUAUGCGCGUUUGUAUGUACGCAAGAGUGAAGGUUUGCAUGUUCUGGUGUAUGUAUGCGUCUGUGCUAACUUUAUAGUAUCACUUUGUGUAGUUCAAUACGAUAUCUUUGUAUGCAAGUACGUUUUUGAACCCCGAUUUGAAGCAGCUCGUGACACCUUUAUCCUGCAUCGUAUGGUACUCAAAAUCACAUGCUUAGGUUUUCAUCAACAACAUAGACCGGAAUGUACAACACUAUAAUUUAUGAUCAUGUCUCACCUUUAGAUAAAGAGUUUGAAUACUGAAAGCGAUCACUAAGGGCUUAUUUUCACUCUUGAAUGAACAGGUGUAAAGAGAACGCCACUGCUUUGAUUUUCCUUUUUGUUUUAUGCAACCCCUGACAUUCCAUGGCCUGAAUUCUCCAGGUGCUCCUGCUUUCUACAAACAUAUUAUUAGCUCAUGAACUCAAUACAUGCCCACUCUUAAUACAUGUGUAGCUUCCAUAUUUGUACCGAGACCAUAUUUGAUGCUGCACCCUCUAUGGCAACUUUCCUCUAUUAUGUUGCAUGAAAACCUCAUGCGAGGACAUGAUUGUCCCCUUUUACUGACGUUGAAAAAUAUACUUCUGUGUUUAGAA